GUGGCAGCAAGCAACACAAAAGUGCUCACACUCUCCUCGCAGCCUCACUUUCCGCUUGGUAUAAACCAGCCCGUUUGCCAUCAAUCAUGGCCGCCGGAGUACAAAUCUAACUCCCCCUGUCUUUCCUCCCUGUCGCGUGGACGGGAGGAUUACUGUCAGUUUUUUUUUUUUUUUUUUUUAAUGGUCAUUGGAGGACGAAAUAUCCGCUCUCUUUCUUUGGAUUACAAUACAUUUUACUGGGGAAAUACCAUUCAUGUCAAUACUCCAAAAUGCAGCCGCCGCCGAGGAAGGUUAAAGUGACACAGGAGUUGAAGAAUACAAACACAGACCAGUUAACAAGACUGCACUUUAAAAAUCAAACUGAAUGCGACCUGCUGGAAGACAUGAGGAGCUACAGUCUGAAGAAGGGACAGCUUGAGAGGGAUUAUGCACAGGCUCUGCAAAAGUUAGCCAGCCAAUACCUAAAGAGAGACUGGCCUGGAAUAAGUCUUGAUGACCAGAGAACAGACUACAGGAAUGUGUAUGCAGUAUGGCGGUCCUACUUAGAGGGUACGGUGCAGGUGAGCCAGUCCAGACUCAAUGUGUGUGAUGACUACAAGAGUCAAAUUUCAGAUCCUGCAAAAACCGUCAGACUCUACAAGGAGCAGCAACUAAAAAAGAUCAUUGAUCAGUUAAGUGGCAUUCAAGCGGAGCUACAGGAAUCAGUGAAGGAAUUGGCGAAAGCCAAGAAAAAGUACUACGACUGUGAGCAGGUUGCCCACGCAGUACGAGAAAAGGCGGAUAUAGAAGCCAAAUCUAAACUGGCUCUUUUCCAGUCAAGAAUUAGCUUGCAAAAAGCAAGCGUAAAGUUAAAAGCAAAGAGAAGUGACUGCAAUUCAAAGGCAACGCAAGCUAGAAACGACUAUUUGUUAACAUUAGCUGCUGCCAACGCUCACCAUGACCGCUACUACCACACAGACCUGCUUCACUGCAUACAGGCUUUGGACGGCAGAAUCUAUGAGCAUGUGAAAGACUACCUAAUAGCAUUGUGCCGCACGGAGUUGGAAGCCUCCCAAGCAACACACAACACCUUUCAGUUCUUGUUGGACAAAUCCACCAGGAUAAUACAAGAGUUCAACCAGCAGUUGUUCAUGCAAGAGAACCCAGUGUUCCACAAAGCACAUGACUUCCAAUUCCAGCCUAGUGAGUGUGACAAGACUCUAAGCUCGGUGCAGCAGUUGGUGGACAUUGAGCCUUCACCCGUCAGUGCCAUGAGAAUGACCCUGGCACAGAGUCGUCAGCUGGAGUCUGAGAUGGGGACCACCGAGGAGCACAGUCUGAAUAAGGAGGCCAGAAAAUGGGCGACACGAGUAGCCAGAGAACACAAAAAUAUCAUACACUACAAAAGGUCACUGGAGGAGUAUGAGAGUCAUGGACUGCCCCCCACUGAACAGGGCAGAGCUGAUUUGGAGAUGAAGAUAGAAGAAUCCAAAGAAAACAUUCGCAAAGCUGAGACAAUAAAGUUAAAAGCAGAAGCUCGGUUGGACCUCCUGCGGCAGGUGGGCGUUGCUGUGGAUACCUGGCUGAAGAGUGCCAUGAAUCAGGUGAUGGAGGAGCUCGAGAAUGAGCGCUGGGCCAACUACACUUCCCAUGAUCCCUCACUGUCGGGUACAGUUGACUUGGAGCGUGAGGACGGUGACGAAUGUGAAGAGAAUAUGGAGGUUUUUGACGACAGCAAUUCCAGUCCUUCGGGAACCCUUCGCAAUUACCCACUGACCUGCAAAGUCCUCUUCUCAUACAAGGCUUCCCAGCCGGAUGAGUUAACCAUUGAUGAACAGGAGAUGUUGGAGGUCAUUGAGGAUGGGGACAUGGAGGACUGGGUCAAGGCUCGCAAUAAGACAGGUCAAGUGGGAUAUGUUCCUGAGAAAUACCUUCAGUUUCCCGCAUCCAACAGUCUGCUGAGCAUGCUUCAGUCACUGGCAACACUGGAUGCACGAUCUCACACUUCUUCCAAUUCAACCGAGCCAGAGUUGCACUCUGGAUGUGUGAAUGGGGAUGUUAACAUGGUGUAUGUACGAGCACUUUAUGAUUACGAAGGCCAGGCAGAGGAGGAACUCUCCUUCUCGGAGGGAGCAGUAAUUCGUCUUUUAAACCGGGACACUCAGACAGACGAUGGCUUCUGGGAGGGAGAGCUCAAUGGAAAGGUUGGCGUCUUCCCAUCUGUUUUGGUGGAGGACCUGACAGAAAAUGGAGAGACCGGUGUGGGAGGGACCAAUGACAUACAGAUUUCUCCCUCUGCAAAGGUGCCAUCAUCUCUUCCACCUCUUCCGCUGUAUGAUCAACCUCCCAUAAGCCCAUUCACCAGCCCGGAGAGCUCUACCCCGCCGUCUCUCCCGCGCUCACCCUCUGCUGCACUCAACGGGGAUCACAAACUUCCACUGCCAGCCUCAUCGCACAAGGCGUCAUUACCCACCACCAAUCAAAAUUCUGGCAGGAGUCCCGUUUCACCUGGAUUUCAAACAAAGCUGCCUCGAUUCCCUCCUGAAGGCGGUCCAGGAAAACUAAGACCUGUGCGUGCUGCUCCUCCGCCACCCAAACAGCAAUCUCGCCGACAUCAUGGGAAGAGCGACAAGGCUGAGGAGGUGGAAAUUACACUGGUGUAACCGGGGCGCACUCCAUAACACGAUUAACUGAAGGCAACCUAUAUCCCACUGCCCAAGUUAAAUAUUGACAAAAAAUGGACCUAAACCACAUCAAGGAAGCGUGCUCCUGUCCCAUCUAAGAUACUCCUCGAUCUCUGUUAUCCUCAAGCUGUUGAAAAGGGACGAGAUAAGAGCGAAGGAGACAGGAGAUCCAGUUACAUAUCCAUAGUAGUUGCUGUAAUGAAGCAGUCCCUCUCCACACUCAGACCUCCUUCCAUUCUUGCCUUAAAACCUCACCUCAUUGGGGCCGGACCCAGAGCACACUGAAGAGGAGAACGAGGAAGAAUGUUUGCAGAGGAAAGGAGUGUUGGACAACUUUUUCUGAUCUUCUUAAGCCUAACUGAUCAUUUUUUGCCGCGAUACUGCUGUUUUAUUACAGUAACACAUAAAUAAUCGUAUAUGGAGACUUGAUAGCAAAUAAUUUGUCGUUUACCACCAAUCUGUAAAUGGAAUAUGAUUGAGUUCUAACACUUUAUUAGCAGAAUCAAUCAAUGCAGAUAUGUAAAAUGAAAAAAAUUAACCAAUCGCUGAUAUUCAAAGCCGAUUUUGUAAGGCGAUAGUUGAGGCCGAUAUACUGUUUUUUUAAAGCACGUAGAUUAUGAAACGCUUUUUUUUUUUUUUUAUUGUUUUAAAAGUUUCAAAUUUACAAUGAUAACCUGAGACUUAAAGGAUUAAUUCAGUCUAGAGCUACA